AUGGAGGGAGAUAAAAGGACGAGGCACCUGUGCCGGCUUGCAAAGAAUGCUGGGUUUGAGUCACUCUUCAUCGACUUGGAACAUGCAUGGCUAUCCCUGGAUCAGACCACUGCCCUUUGCCAUGUUGGACUCCUGGCUGGUAUCACUCCGUUCGUCCGUGUGCCUCAUAAGUGUGGUAAUGGGUUUGUCCAACGAGUUCUAGAUGGUGGUGCUAUGGGCGUUAUUUUCCCGCACAUCCACUCAGCAGAGGACGCCAAGGCUGCCGUCAGCAUCUGCAAAUACCCACCCCAGGGAUGUCGUUCGAUGACUGGUCAACUCCCACAAUUCGGACUCCAAGGCAUCCCAGUCCAAGAGACCAUUCAUCAGGCUAAUCAGUCCGCAUCGACCGUGUUUGCUAUGAUUGAGAGCCACGAUGCUGUCGAGCGGGCAGAUGAGAUUGCUGCAGUUGAAGGCGUGGACGUUAUUCUGGUUGGAUCUCUGGAUCUGUCCAUCGAGCUUGGAGUACCCGGUCAAUUUAAUAGCGAGCAGUACCGCACCGCACUCGAGACGGUCAGCAAGGCAUGUCGGACACACAGCAAGAUCUUUGGACUCGCUGGUAUCUACGACGACCCUGUGAUCCAAGACUGGGCCAUCAACGAGUUGGGAGUUAGAUUCAUGCUUGUACAGCAGGACACUUCUUUGAUAUCUGGUGGAGGGAAGAGAGCUGCCGCCGCUGUGCCAUUGGUUCGCACUUAG